AUGAGCCAAGAACUCGAUAUCGCAGGCCAAAUCAAUGCUCUGACCGGGGCAGUCAAAUCCGAGAAACUCAAUGAAGCUACUCGGUUACAGGCCUUGGAUGCUGCUCGUGCCUUGAUAGAGACCCUCGAGUCACCGGUUGAAAGAAUUAUACACGAUGUUGUGAUGAGUCCCCCCAUUCUCGCGUCUAUCCGCAUGGGUGUUCAACUCGGCAUAUUCAGUCAAAUCAGCCAGAACCCAGGCCACGGAGCCACUGCCCAAGAAAUUGCAGAGCAAUCUGGCGCAAGUCCGAUCGUUGUUGAUCAGUUCCUCCGGCUUCUCGCAGCAACGGGAUACGUAGAUCAGCAAGAUACGCAAAUCUUCAAGCCUUCAGUCAAGACUAUGAUCAUGGCAGACCCUAAUAUGGAGGCAACCAUACGCGCAUGCUUUGAUAUUGGAAAUUGCUGCACCUCCAAGGCCCCAGAGUUCUUCCGUCGGAAUCAGAAUCAAUUCCCAUCAUCGGCGAAAGACACUCCCUUCCAGCUCGGGAUGAACACUGACCUUGGCUAUUUUGAAUGGCUUGGUCAGAAUCCAGCGCUCGCAAAGGACUUCCAGCAAUGGAUGUCUUUGAAACAGGCAGCUACUGCUAGCUGGGUGGAUUGGUUCGAUAUCGAAAAGAACAUUAUUGAUGAUUUCGAUGCCCAGUCUCCCGAUAACGUCCUACUCGUGGAUGUUGGUGGCGGCGAGGGAAGAUACCUGCGCGAGUUUCAAGACAAGUUUCAGAUUGCUCCGGGUCAACUCGUGUUGCAAGAUCUUCCAAAUGUUAUAGAAGCAAUCGAAAAUCCACCUGAUGUGAAGCUAAUUGCCCAUGACUUUUUCACGCCCCAGCCCGUCAAAGGCGCUCGGGCAUACUUCAUGCAUUGGAUCCUUCAUGACUGGUCAGACGAGCGAUGUCGGGCUAUCCUGACUAACAUUGUGGCAGCAAUGAAGCCAGGAUUUUCAAAGCUGAUCCUUCAUGAAUCGAUCCUGCCAGAUAAGGGCUGUGACUUAUCGACUGCAUGUAUAAGCGUUAUGAUGAUGGUACAAGUUGCAGCUUUCGAACGCUCUGAAGCGCAGUGGAGGGAUUUACUUGAAUCGGUCGGAUUGUCACAUAUCACUUUCCAUCAAUCCCCUGGGGUUGGGGAGGGUAUCAUUGAGGCUAUGAGGGUAUAA